CAUACGCUGGCGCUAACACACGCUCUGGGGAUCAUCGACAGGCCCUCGUCGCCACCGCUGGAUUCGCCUCGUAAUUCUGGUCACAGCGCACCCCAGGAGAGGUCUGGGGAUUAACGGUAUUGGUACCUUCUGGUUUCCCUACGUGGCCUGGGGGCGCCAUGUCGCUGGAGGGCUCCCCGCGCUCAGGGUCGCAGGCCGCGGGUGCCGCGGGGCACGCGAAGCCGAACCCGAAGCAGAGCUGGGCCAAGCUCUUGGACCGGGUCGCCGACAGCGAGAAGGGCACCACCGCCAGCAUCCGGGUGACCAAGGUGGACAACGACCGCACCAAGCUGCUGAAGGAGGUCCUCAAUUGCGCGGCCAAAGCCACGAUGGGUACUCGCAGGCCCCCAGAGGUGACGAGCGGGACCAGCAUGUUUGAGGGCUGCGACACCAUCGAGGAGGUGCACAAGGUCAAGGAGCGCUACGAGUCCAUCUCCGGGGUGCCCUCGCGCUCCAGCAGCAAGGCCGUUGCAGAGCCAGAGAGGGCUGGGCUCGGGGCGUCGUGCACGCUGGACGCCGAGUCCGUGCUGAGCGUGGCGGCGGGCAUCGAUCCUGCCCUGCGGGGCGUCCUCGCCAACGCCGGCCAGCGCCUCGCGGGCCUCCACCUGUGCCUGCAGAGCGAGUCCGAGCCCCCGGCCUGCCCGGGGCCGGUGCAGGCGCCGUCGCUGCGGCGCGACGUGGUGCUGGUGAGCCGGGGCGGGCCGGCCAGGCAGGGCGAGCUGCAGCGGCUGGAGGAGGCGGCCGACCAGUUCAUCGACCAGUUCAUCCAAUUCGGGCCCUUGGACGCGCUGGACGCCACCUUCGCGGAUCCUUGCGUCGACGACGCCGCGCUGGCCGAGGCGUUCCCUGGGCGCUCGGACCACAACCCAGCGCUCGUCGGCCUGACGGACUACUUGCUGGAGCGCCCGGAGGAGUGGCGCCGCACCAUGCAGCGGAUCCAAAGCAACGCCAGCUUCACGGUGAAGCAGCGGGCCGCGCGGCAGGUCUGCCUGGAGACCUGCCCCAGCGCCCUCUCCUUGCACAGCGCCAGCUCCGAGGCCCCCUCGGGCCCAGAGAGCGCGCUGUCCGGGGGGGGGGGCGGGUCGCGGCAGCAGCACCGGGCACUCCGCACCGCGACGACGCCGUUUGGGUCGACGCCGCCGGCGCAGCCGCGGGCCCGGGGGAGAGGCUCGCUCGGGGUGCUCAACCCGUUCGGGGACCCGCAGGGCUGAGAGCGGGUCUGCCCAGCGGCCCCGCCCGCGGAUGUGAACUUCGCCCUGCGCACCUUGCUGCUCGCUGCGUGAGCUACUGCUGUGCCUUGCUGUUGCGGCCCAGCACACUGCCAGAGCUGGCGGGACUCGCCCUUCGCCUUGUCUGCCUCCAGCGGCCGGCGCACCGAAUCGCGUCCGCCUCCUCCUCCACUCCUUUCCCUU